CCAAAGAAAAAAACUAGUCACUUGUUUUUCUUCCAAAUUUCAAAUAAUAAAAAUAAAAUAAAAAAAAGUCAAACCCUUUUCUCUUUCCUUUCUCUUAUUUUCCUCCAUCUUUCACCUCUCCAACAACGCCAUUGAAACAAACCUUCCAAAACCAAAACAAUCCACAAUCAAUUAUCACAAAAACUCCCUAAUCUCACGUAAUUACCAAACCUAAUCACAUUCUAAUUAAAUAGUUAAACUAAUUAUGAAAUUAUCAUAACCGUUUCUUCAGCAACCUCCAAAAUGCCGACGGUAGCCGUGAAACUCUACAGCGUGUUCUUCAAGUUUCUGUUAAAACACCGUUUACAGAAUCGGAUUCAAACUCCGACCGAAGAAUCCGCCCCGUUCGGUAUAACUUCCCGACCCGAUGAAUCGUUAGCUUCACCUAAUCCUUCUUUUACCGAAGGCGUAGCCACCAAAGAUAUUCAUAUUGAUUCUUUCACUUCUCUUUCGGUUAGAAUCUUUCUCCCUGAAUCUGCAUUGUUGACUCCCGAACCUAAUUCCAAACCUAAACGAAAACCCGAACCUAAGGGACGUGAAACGACGUCGUCUCCGAGGGUUAAUAGGAGGAACAGUUAUGGUCCGGUUGGUGCUCCGGUGAAGGAGGAGGUAAGAAGGAAUAGUGUCGGCGGUGGUGAUGCGGAGGGUUUGAAUUUGAGUUCCGGUGGUGGAUAUGGUGGUUAUGGUGGUUAUUCGCCGACGAUUGAUGAUAGGAAGAGGAAGUUGCCGGUGAUGGUGCAGUUUCAUGGAGGUGGUUGGGUGAGUGGGAGUAAUGAUUCGGUGGCGAAUGAUUAUUUUUGUAGGAGGAUUGCGAAGCUUUGUGAUGCGGUGGUUGUUGCGGUUGGUUAUCGGCUUGCGCCGGAGAGUCGGUAUCCUGCGGCUUUUGAGGAUGGAUUUAAGGUUUUGAGUUGGUUGGGGAAACAAGCGAAUUUGGCGGAGUGUAGUAGGUCGUUGGGGAUUAAGAAAUUGGAUGGUGGUCAUAGGCAUAUUGUUGAUUCUUUUGGGGCUUCUAUGGUUGAACCUUGGUUGGCUGCACAUGGAAAUCUAUCAAGGUGUGUGCUUCUUGGUGUGAGUUGUGGAGCAAAUAUUGCAAACUAUGUAGCUCAAAAAGCUGUAGAAACAGGGAAACUUCUGGACCCUGUCAAAGUGGUGGCACAGAUCCUGAUGUAUCCGUUUUUUGUUGGAAGUGUGCCCACACAUUCUGAAAUAAAGUUGGCAAACUCUUAUUUUUAUGACAAAGCAAUGUGUAUGCUGGCAUGGAAACUAUUCCUACCCGAGAAAGAAUUUAGCUUAGACCAUCCAGCCGCCAAUCCCCUAGUCCCAGGCCACGGUCCUCCUUUAAAGCAGAUGCCUCCAACAUUAACAGUAGUGGCGGAACAUGACUGGAUGAGAGACCGUGCCAUAGCUUACUCAGAGGAGCUUAGGAAGGUGAAUGUUGAUGCACCGGUUCUUGAAUAUAAAGACGCAGUUCAUGAAUUUGCUACACUAGACGUACUUCUCAGAAGCCCUCAAGCUCAGGUUUGUGCCGAGGACAUUGCCAUCUGGGUCAAGAAGUACAUUUCACUUCGAGGGCAUGAAUUCUCAUAUUGAGUAGGAUUUACCAGAUUAUGUAGAUUAUUAUGUCAAUGAAGAGUGAGAAAAUCUUUUCCCAGUUGUUGAUAUUAGCUUCAGGUCGCUCUUCUGCUGUCUAUUGUGAUAUAUUACUUGAUUUAUUUUGAUGCUUCAUUAGGUCGUGCCGUCAAUGUUGUUGACCGGUUCAAAAUAGUUAUUUGAAAGUUGGAUAAGUGGAACCUGUGAGAUGGAUGCACCUCAUGCACACCGCAUUCGGUAACCCUUGUUCGAUUCUUUCUUUUGUAUUAUAUUGUAAUAUUUCUCAUGAAAACAAUAUAAAAUUUUGUGCAUUAGUCUUUUGACUAUGGAGUCUCCAAAUGUACCACAGAUGAGUUUUUCUGUUUCUUGAUAAAUUCAUAAACUAGAUUAAAUAAAACAAUUACUGAUAAGAUACCAUUUAGUGACUAUCUAGGACUAGGAUGACGACGAUAUGAAGUUUCUUUAAUACUAUUAACCAAAAAGUUAAAGCCAAUGUUUUGCUUAGUUUGCUUUGUUGGGAACAAUGCUUGUCUCCAUUACAGACAAGUGUUUCAUCAUUAUCUUAAUUUUCAUUGUUGUGUCUUUCUUACUGCCAUUAUAUAAAUGCCAUGGCUUUCACAUGAUUUUCCGCACUAAUUCCCUCCCCUAGGUUUUUCGGGGAGGAGAACCAUGUAAAUCUCUCACGAAGCAGAGACGAUUUGAGCUUUGUGGUUAUUGAAACAAUCUUCUACCCAAUACUGGAAGCACUUUGAGGGUAUGAGAGCCACUCUGACCAGUUUGUAUUGUCAGAUAGAGCUAUAAAUGGAAUUUGGAUUUAUCUGUUUUUACGCAAUCAUGCAACAGUCAAUCUUAACCAUCAGAUGAGAUUACAAUUCUCAUGUUCUGACUUGAUUUGGUUUACCAAUCUUGAUCAAAAAGUCUAGAUCAUGCGAGUGCGUCAAAUGAGUAAUUUCAUGAUUGGAUGUGUAUCUUGUGAUGAAAAAUAUGGUAUUUGCAUUGGUGGCAACUUUGUUGACUUUCUGGUAGCCAUGAGUUCAUGGAGUACUAAGGCUGUGGAAAGUUAUUAGGUUACUUUCAAGAUGGCUGUGUUUGAACAGAAAAAGGUGGUUGUGAAAGGUUACUAUGUCACUUUCAAAAUUAUAGCAAUGUUACUAAACAAAUAAAGAAAUAGAAAUGUUUAUUAUACUUUGUACAAUAUUAUACGGAUGUUUGAAUAUAUU